UUUGUUUUCAUUCUGAAAAUCGUACCCUCGUAACCCGAAUUAUGUUACGUUUGGAACAUUUAUAUUCGAGCACAUUCAUUUAAAGACAUGAUUGGUUCCAAGGAUUUUCGCUUUGACUUCCUGAGCGCCUUAAUGUACCUAUGUGACUGCGACUUUCGUUUUAAGAAUGAUCUUUCAUACUUUUCGCAUGUUGAGAGGUGGUCUUCUGAUGACAAGCAGCUAUUACUACAGAAGUUGGCUGAGCUGUUUUUAAUUGAGGAUUUGUUUCCUGUUCUAGUAAAACACUGUAAGCCAAUACUGCUGGAAAUUCUGGAACGUUGUGUCAAAAUACUUCAGCAGGAAUCAUAUGGGAACAGUUCUCACGAAGAAAAAUUUUGUUACAUUCUUAGCCAGUUGCUAACACUGUCUAAUUUGAAAGACUUCAUCUACAGAUUUAUUAAAACCUGCAGUUUGCUGUCGAUUUUUUCGGAAGAGGAGCAGCUCUACGAGCAAGAAAUAGAGAGAAUGUUAUAUAUAUUGAAAACUGGUUACAAUCUACUCAGUUAUGAUUUUGAAACAUUUCACAGAAUCUGGGACUGGAGUCCUGUUUUUAAAUUUCUGCAACACAAUCAUCCUGAAGUGAGAUGGUAUGCUUUGCAUAUUGUUUCAAUUUUAACAGGUUUAUCAGAACAAGUUAAGAUUAACCUGCUGGAUAAAGUUUUUACCCCUUUAGAGAGAACCUCAGUUUUAACACAAGAGUUAACACAUGAGUUGUUUAGUCAUGAACAAGAAUGUACAGAUAAAAAUGAUUAUCAGCGAUUGACUUCAGAUUCUAUGGAUGUCAGUACUAACAACAUAGGUGGAGUAUCUAUCAAUAAGGAAGAUUUAAUUGGCCAGUAUACAACCCUUUGUGGGGUUAUGCUGCCUUGUCUACCUGGAGCAUUGAAUCUUGUGGACCAUUCACUUGUCAUGGUACCAUCAACGGCAAAUAAUCUUCAUUCACUAGUGCUGUCAGUAGCCACAGGAAAUGGUGUAUUAUUAGAAGGACCUAUUGGCUGUGGGAAAACAGCCCUUGUUGAAUUUGUGGCAAGAGCAACAGGGAGAACACACCCGCCAGACUUUAUGAAGAUACAACUUGGAGAUCAAACAGACAGCAAGUCGUUGUUAGGUACAUAUGUGUGCACAGACACCCCAGGAGAAUUUUCAUGGCAGGCUGGUCUAUUGCUACAGGCUGUACAAGUUGGGUAUUGGAUUCUCUUAGAGGAUAUUGAUCUGGCCCCUAUGGAUGUGAUCUCAGUGUUAAUACCAUUGCUUGAAUCUCGUACACUGUCUGUACCAGCACAUGGUAAUGCUGUGAAGGCAUCUCCAGGUUUUCAACUAUUUGCUACUCAGAGAUCAUACAGAGGUCAUAGUGGAUUCAGUUAUCAAGUUGCUAGUGCUAAUUCUUCCAUCUUGGAAAAACUAUGGACAAGAGUACAGAUUGAGCCCUUUUCCAAGGAAGAACUUACAGAGGUGGUUAUCCAGAAGUUCCCAGACCUUGAAAAAAUUGCAGUGAAGCUGGUGGAUAUCUACUGCAUGCUAUCUGCAGAUCCAUGUCUUGUUUCCAGUGAAGACACGGGAAAGUGCUCUCUUCCUUGUGAUAAACGGCAAAGCUCCAGUAGAGAUUUAAUGAAGUGGUGUAGUAGAAUAGCAGUAACAGCUUGUGGUGCACCUACCUUGUUGGAUUCUAAGGAGGUUUUCCUUGAAGCACAAGACUGUUUCAGUGCUCCUUUAUCAAAAACUGAUGAUCAAAAUUUGAUUGAUAUGGCUGUAGGUGCCAAGUUAGGCUUGACCAAAGAGAAGAUUGAAUUUUUCUCUACAAAUUACAAACCAAAUGUUCAUACCUCUCCGCUGUCCAUGACAAUUGGCAGAGUCACACUGAAAAAGAAAGUUCAUGAAAGCCAGGAAAUAUCUUUUGGUCAAAUUAACAUUCCAAAAUUUGCCCAGACAAGACAUUCUUUGGUUUUGCUAGAAAAAGUCGCUGCUUCUAUCAGAAACAGUGAACCUGUUUUACUGGUUGGGGAGACAGGAACUGGGAAAACAUCAACAGUACAGUACUUAGCGGCACAGUGCGCAGUCAGUUUAAAAGUUGUGAAUAUGAGCCAGCAAAGUGACAGCUCAGAUCUACUUGGUGGUUACAAGCCUGUAGAGAUGAAACAGGUUGUGGCUCCUGUAAGGGAAAAGUUUGAAGUGUUGUUUUGCAAAACAUUCUCAAGGAAACAAAAUGUGAAGUUCUUGAGUCAUGUACAGAGAUGCUUUGCUCAAGGACACUGGGAGAUCUUGUUCAAGUUAAUGAUUCAUAGUCAAAAGAAUGCCAUAGAAAGAGUAAAGAAAGAUAACCAAAUGAAGCACCUUUUGGUUGAGUGGCAAGGUCUGAUUCAGGACAUCCAGCAGCUACAAAAACAGGAGAAAAAUGCUGAGAGUGCAUUGGCCUUUAGAUUUGUGGAAGGUACACUUGUGCAAGCAUUACAAAAUGGUGACUGGGUUUUACUGGAUGAGAUCAAUUUGGCCACUCCCGAGACACUGGAAUGUCUGUGUGGAUUGUUGGAGAGUUCAUCUGGCUCAGUGGUACUAAUGGAAAGAGGGGAUGUUACCCCAACUGUGAGGCAUGAAGACUUUCGCCUGUUUGCCUGCAUGAAUCCAGCCACUGAUGUAGGGAAGAAAGAUCUGCCCUCAGGAAUCAGGAACAGGUUCACAGAAAUCUUUGUCAGUGAAUUAGAGAGUACAGCAGACCUUAAAACCAUGGUUGUGGAUUACUUGCAAGGAUUGUCACCCAAUUCAGCUAUUGUGGAUGGAAUUGUUAGGUUUUACCUCACAGUCAAGCAUGAGGCAGAUGACAAGUUGACUGAUGGCACAGGACAUAAGCCUCAUUACAGUUGCCCAGGACACCCAUUUAAAACAGCUUCAGCUGAGGGGUUUGCCCUAGUUAAAUAUGGAUUUUGUCUGAGUUUCUUGACACAGCUGGAUCGUUCUUCACACCCUGUUGUCCAGUCCCUCAUCAAACAGCACAUCCUGGGCCAUGUAAAUGCUGGCAGUAUGUUGAAGCAGCCCUUACCUAAGCCACAGGACUCUGGACAAUACAGUAAUUUUGAAGGAUUUUGGAUUGCAGUGGGGAGCAAAGAACCUGUGGUAUCAACUGAGUAUGUUUUAACAGCUUCAGUGAAAGCCAACUUGAAGGAUCUCGUCAGGGUUGUAUCUGCCAGGAAGCUUCCUGUUCUAAUUCAGGGUGAAACCUCAGUGGGUAAAACCAGUUUGAUUCAAUGGCUGGCUAAGGCAUCUGGAAACCGUUGUGUUAGAAUAAAUAAUCAUGAACACACUGAUAUUCAAGAAUACCUUGGCUGUUACACUUCUGAUGAGAAUGGUAAACUGAUCUUUAAAGAAGGUGUUUUAGUUGAUGCCAUGAGAAAGGGCCACUGGAUCAUUCUAGAUGAACUUAAUCUGGCCCCUUCAGAUGUCCUAGAGGCCCUCAACAGGCUGUUAGAUGACAACAGAGAGCUGUUUAUUCCAGAAACACAAGAAACAGUUGUAGCACAUCCAAUGUUUAUGCUCUUUGCUACACAAAAUCCUCCUGGACAUUAUGGUGGGAGAAAGGUGUUAUCACGAGCCUUUCGAAAUCGCUUCGUAGAACUUCAUUUUGAUGAGCUUCCUAGCCAGGAACUUGAGGUCAUUCUUCAUCAGCGCUGUAGAUUACCACUGUCUUAUGCUAAGAAACUGGUGGCAAUCAUGCUUGCCUUACAAGUGGAGAGAUUUACUGUCUGUGGUAAGACCACCAUUUGCCAAUUGUUUGCUGCUCUGUGGAAUCAGCAGUUAUUCGCUGUCAACUGUCACAUGCAUUCUGAGUCUGCUGACUUCCUUGGAGGUCUAAGACCUGUGCGACACAGAGGCCAGGAAGAACAGGAUGAACAAGUUUCCAAGCUGUUUGAGUGGUGUGAUGGACCACUUGUACAAGCAAUGAAACAAGGGGCAAUGUUCUUGGUAGAUGAGAUUUCCUUAGCUGAUGACUCUGUGUUGGAGAGACUCAACAGGGUGCUAGAACCUGAGAGGACUUUAGUUCUUGCUGAAAAAGGCAGUGAUGGUGGAGAUCUUGUUGAAGAAGAUGUUGCCAUGUUGGUUGCACACAAAGAUUUCAAAAUUAUAGGAACCAUGAAUCCUGGUGGAGAUUUUGGCAAGAAAGAACUAUCUCCAGCCCUAAGGAACAGGUUCACUGAGAUUUGGUGCCCACCUUCAGAUGCAAGGACAGACCUGGUACAGAUUAUAGAACACAACAUCAAGCCUGGAGUUGUCCUGAAUCAAGGUACAUCAGGUAUAGGAGAGGCCAUAGUGGACUUCAUGGAAUGGUUUCAUAGCUCAGACUUUGGAAAGAGAUUUGUGGUAAGCAUUAGAGAUCUGCUGUCUUGGGUGAAUUUUAUAAAUACAUGCAGUUUCUCAGUCACUGAGAAUGCUGCAGAUGAAAAUACAGGAGACAAAGUCUUACUCUCACCAGCCUUAGCUUAUGUCCAUGGUGCCUGCCUUGUUUUUCUGGAUGCCUUGGGUGUAGGGUCCACCAGUGUGGUUUCAUCAUCAUCAUCAUCAUCAGUAGCAGCAGCUACAGCUUUAUCUGCAGCAUCAAGUGCUAUAAAAGAUGCCUACCAAGCUUGCCUUGAAUUUCUGAAAAGACAAGUGGAACAAGAUGAAGAGGCAAUGCAGUGUUCUGGAUAUCCUCACAAUUUGCAAAUUAACGAUCUCGAUGAAAGUCCAGAUUUGUUUGGUAUAAGACCAUUUUUUAUACCAAGAGGACCACAACCUCUACCAGAAAAUUUUUGUAACACCUACACUCUCAGCUCACCAACAACUUCACAAAAUGCACAGCGCAUCUUGCGUGCUCUUCAGUUGCCUCGCCCUAUUUUGUUGGAAGGGUCUCCUGGAGUUGGCAAAACCAGUCUUGUCCAUGCUAUUGCUAAGGCAUCUGGCCAUGAAUUGAUCCGGAUUAACUUAUCUGAGCAGACUGAUGUGACGGACUUGUUUGGAUCGGACUUGCCAGUUGAGGGUGGGGAAGUAGGACAGUUUGUAUGGAGGGAUGGUCCACUCUUGAAGGCACUGAAAGCUGGCCAUUGGAUUGUCCUGGAUGAGCUCAAUUUAGCCUCACAGUCUGUUCUUGAAGGACUCAAUGCAUGUCUUGACCACAGAGCUGAGGUUUAUAUCCCUGAGCUUGGAAUGACUUUCAAAGUCCAGCGUGACCAGACAAGAUUGUUUGCCUGUCAAAAUCCUUUAAACCAGGGUGGAGGAAGAAAAGGAUUGCCAAAGUCUUUCCUUAACAGGUUCACUCAGGUUUAUGUUGAGCCACUCUCCAAAGCAGACCUACUGUUCAUUACAGAGGCUCUUUAUCCACAAAUAGAUCACAACAUAUUGGAAAAGAUGGUGACAUUCAAUCAGCAGAUUCAUGAAGAGACUGUUGUGAUGGGACACUGGGGAAGGAAAGGUGGCCCAUGGGAACUUAACCUAAGAGAUGUGUUUAGAUGGUGUGAUUUGCUAGUAAAAUACCAGAAUUUUGGCACUUGGAACCCUGGUCAGUUUGUGCAUCUCAUUUACUGUGACAGAAUGAGGACACUGCAAGACAAACAGAUGGUGCUCAGGUUGUUCAAGUCCAUAUUUGAGAAUUCAGGGCCGAUCGAUAAGAUUGGUCCUGCAUGCAAAUCAUUUUACAUCACACCAGGUCAUGUUCAGGUCGGCCAUUCGUGGCUUCCAAGGUGUUCUCCAGUGAACCAGUCCAUAAAUGGUGGAAGGUCUUUGCAAAUGCUUCAUUGUUGUCUGCCAGCCAUGGAGUCAGUUAUGACUUGUCUAGACAUGAACUGGAUGGCUAUACUGGUUGGUCCAAGAUCUUGUGGAAAGACAUCCCUGGUCCAUCUUGUUGCCCAGCUGACAGGAAAUAGACUUGAAGUUAUGGCUAUGAAUAGUGCCAUGGACACCACUGAACUUUUGGGUGGAUUUGAACAAGCAGAUCUAAACAGACGCUUGGGAGAUAUCAUAGAUGGAACCAGGCAGCUUAUCCUAGCAAUAAUAAGAGAGAUUUUAAUCUGCAGUGAUCAAAUGAGAACAUGUUUGCAAGAAAUAUCCUCUUUGUAUAAGCUGUGGUCUGCCUGCUCGAGUAAUGACUCUGAAGUUUCUGAAGAUGAAAACCCUGAAAAGCUAUCUCACAAGAGACUGGAUCACUUGCAACAUCUCCUUAAAAAAGUCCAGGAGAUCUGUAGCAGAUAUGAAUUAAAUUCUUCCGAUGCAGUUAACAUCAUGGAGAGGGUUCAGUCAUUACAAAAGAAACUUACAGCUAACAAGGACAGUUCCCACUGUGGUGGGCAGUUUGAAUGGGUUGAUGGACAACUUGUGGAGGCCCUCAAGUCUGGUUACUGGCUUCUGAUAGAUAAUGUCAACUUCUGCAGUCCAUCUGUUCUGGACAGACUGAAUGCUUUGUUGGAACCUGGAGGUGUCUUAACGAUUGAUGAAAGAGGGGUUAUUGAUGGCCAAAUCCCCUCCAUCAAGCCACACCCUAAUUUCAGGUUGAUUCUUGCCAUGGAUCCAAGAUAUGGUGAAAUCUCAAGAGCAAUGCGCAAUAGAGGAGUGGAAAUUUUCAUGUUGGGAGAGGAGAAUGGAGAGAAUUACGACGACUGUGAUUACCAAAUGAUGCUUAAUGGUCUUGGUCUAGAAGACAAAACGAUUUGUGAUUGUCUUGUAGCUUUCCACAAAGACAUGGGAGGUUCUCUACUGGAUAUGCUUCAUGCAGCCUCACUGACAAAGCAACUCCUUCAGGGAGGAAGUGAAGAAUUCUCUGCUGUUGUAACUUCUCUGAAUCAAGUUUAUGCUCGAAAUCAAACUUCUGUGCAGAGCAAACAGGAUGUCAAAGACCUUAUGAGCAAGCACACUAGCAUGUUGGAGACUUUAGGAAGUGCAGUCCAUAUGGAAUCCACUAUGCAGCAUUUUCCAUCCGCCCAAGAAUAUCAUGCAAACUCUGUUGUAUCAACAAUCAAACUACAGUCUUUGCCUCUGUUGCACAUUCUCCAGAAUGGUAGAUCUGUGGAACAGUUGGAGUCAGCUGUGCUGUUGUUUUUGGAAAGAUCAUCGCAUUAUGACUGGACGUCUAGGCUGGGUUAUUUGCAGUCAGUCGUGGAUGUGCUUUGUGCUAAGACGCUUUUUUCCUAUAACCUGGGAGAUGUUGUUUCACACUUGAAAACUCACCUGAAGAGUUUUGGCGUAAUGUUUAGCAGUCAACUUAUGGAUAAACUCAAAAUUGGACUCAACAAUAUCCAGUCCACACGAUUUGGUAGGUUAUCUUUGUUGGAAGCUAAUACCAGACAAAGGUAUUCUUUUGAGAGAAAGAGUCUUUCAUCUAGAAGUAUACAGAAUGGGAAUUUGAUUCAGCUUUGUGACGCUUUUCAGGCUGGUCGGUUGCAGUUAGAAUCACUUCCUCAUUCAGUUGUGGUGCAUCUGUUACCCUUCUUUAAAUUGCUUGGCUCUGUUCUGGACAAUUGUAUCCAUCAAGGAGAAACCUUCAGUGACAACGACUACUGGAUGGUGGUGGAGGGACUUUCUUGGUUGAAUAGGUUUUGGACCAUGUGCGAGAAACAAACCAGACAGAAUUUCUCACUCUCGUUUCUUUCCCUUCAUUGGACCUGGGUUGAACAAUACACAUUGCACUCUCUUCAAACAGCCUUUGGCAAAUUUAUUGACAGAGAAUUACCAGGGGAGCUUGUCACAGUUGUGAAUCACUUGCAAAAGGUUCUAGCUACAGACAGAAGAGUUCAUGAAGCCUACUUGCAAAUUCUGGUCGGGUAUGGGCAUCCUGCACCGUUUAAAUCAAGAUAUGUUUUUGCAGUCUGGGAAAAAAUGGAUAAUCUUUGUAAAAGGAUCGACAAGUACUGCGACAGAUCAUGGAAAAGUCGGUCUGAAGAGGAGCUGCAAAGCUGUAAAGACUCAGAACUGAAAGGCAGGCUGGCAGAGGUUUUGAAGAUAAUGCUAGACAACAGAAUGAAUUUUAGUCAAGAAGAACUUUCACAAUGUGAAUCAAUCCUUUCCAGCGUAGAAGAAACAAUUAGCAGAAACCUGGAAGCUACAGAAGAGAUAAUGACUUUAGAUGAGAACUCUACCGAGCUAGUCCAGCCAACGAGCGUCGACACAAAAAUGAGUAAUGUGGCUUUCAAAAAAGCUAUGUCCCUCUUGUUUGGUGAUGUCUGUCCUUUACAAGAAGGUUGUGUCCUUGGCUCUUUGAUGCUGGCGCUGGCAAAUCAAAUGGCUUGUGGAACAACUUCGCUGGACAGCGGAGCCAUCACAGAUCAGAUAGAAGCGCUUACAACAUAUCAAUUAAAAAAGACAAUUAGAGAUCCAGUAAUACAAGUGAUAUUCUGUCACUUAGGAGGUAGUCUCAGCAAGGGCAACGACUUAAACUCGCACUUCUUAUCCAUCUUCCGACCAGUGGAGUCUGAGAUACUCACUGAGUGCCUACUGUUGGAGAGUCGUAAGCUUUGGGCGCAGAGUAAUCAAGGCAAAGAGUCAAAUGUUUUCUCUGUUUUGGGUGGAGCACCAAAUCUUUUGGAUUGUGUUUCAUCACGGAAGUUGGUUGAAGAGGGACAUGGCAGUUCUCUUACUUCUUUGACAAUUCAAAACUAUCAUGAGAACCUCAAACAGUUGGAAAUAUUGUCUACACACUUUUGGGUCAACGGCGACGUCCUUGAUUCCCAGAAUGAAGUGGAUCGGAAUUCAAGUAUAAAAUUGUUCAUCGCCAAAUUGUUUCAAGUUCUUUUGUCAAUCAAAGAAUCCCUCCCUCAAAGCAACCAAGUGGACAUCACUAGUGUGGUCAACAGAUUAUUACCAAGUCUCUAUGAAGGAGACGAUCUUUUGCAUGGCAUUCACUCUAUUGUAGAUGCUUCGAAGAAAGUUGUGCAACAUGUUGCCGAUACUUACAAGCAUUGCACUGGCAACGUUAAACAAGCAGAUUUGAUAUGUAAUCUUCUGACUGCGUGUCUCGAAGGAGUUUCUCGGCUUCCAGGUGAAGCUCAGGCAAAUAACACAGACAUGUUAUGGGACUCUAUUUGCCGUGGUGAAAUGUGGACGAAACUUGGCUUGGUUCAGUCACUGAUUCUGUCUCCCGUUGGACCAGUGGAUCCUGUAGAGAAAACUAGGAUUGAACUUGAGUAUGUUAAUAGCGAGAUUCAAAGAAUCGAAGAAGAAUUAAAAGUGAGAUAUUAUGCAGAGGAAAUAUGGACAGGAGUGAAGACUUCUGCAGAUGAAAUAGACGCCCUUGUUUGUGAUGAACACAGGAGUGAAUCGCGAUUAACGUCUAAUCCCUCACGGGUUGGGAGACUGUUGAUAAAGUUGAAAGAUCUCAGAGUCCAAGCUGAGAAUCUGAGUAAGAAUGCAGCUAUCAGACCAGCCAUCUCGCAGUUUGAUGCUAUUCUUGAUGACGUAAAACAUUUCCUGCAUACUAUUGGCGAGACUAACUCCGUUACGGACCUAACGAACUCUAUGAGAGAGCCAGCAUCACAGCUGUAUGGUUUAUUGAAGAAUGGUGUCGAUGGAAACGUUUUGGCGAAUUCUGUCACCACAGCUCUUCAUAGGGCGAAAGCCUGGUAUACAUCUGUGGAAAAAUUUAUCCAAAGGCUCAGGAAGGACUAUCCACUUUACUGUGAUAUACUAGGACCCUUCAUUGCUGGUGUAUCUCAGGUCAUGUAUGGUGUGUCCCUGAUGUCCUCAAACUUAUCAACAUUGUUUCAACACCACUUAUUUCGGGCUCAGUUUACAAUGAGUACAAAUAUGCAGCAGUGCAGUGGACCGGAUGCCCUCUUGUCUUUUUGUGAGUUUCCAGCGUCAAGUUCCUUAUCCUGUUUGGAUGCUGCAGUUUCUUUAAUGUCCCCUUCUGUUGAUGCUUGCAUUCAAGGUUUGGUGAAAUAUCUUCAAGAUCGUGAAACAGCGGCUCCCACAUCUGCAUUUCUUUCCUACAGGGUUUUACAGUUAUCGGUUCUCCAUCUUCGCAACCACUCCAUCCAACAUGGCUUUCUCGAUGGAAAACUUUACCGAGCAGUGGUUUCAAUUCUGGAGAUUUUCAUGAACAAGUGGAAAAUCUUCAAAGAGGAAGAACGGCAGCGAGAAGAUGAGGAAGGAAGUUUGUUUAAAUUCAAGAACAAAACACACGGCGUUAGUCUUAGUGAGGACGAAGAGAAUAAAUUAGCCUUAAACAAGGCGUUUCCACGUUUCGAUGAUGAUUUCAAAGAUGUUAUGGCUCCCCAGGAUUUGAACGAGAAUAUUUCUGUCCCUCAAGAUGAGGAUCUUUCAUCUUCAUGUGUAGUUAAGUCGGAUGCUGAACUGUUUAUGGAGAACAUUCCUAAUUUCUCAGAAGUCAAGAUGCUGCAUGAAGAGACGUUUUGUCGGCUUCGACCCAGUCAAGAUUUCCCUUUGGUUGAAGCAGACUGUUACCGGCCAAAUGAGUCCAUAGAGUCGCUGUAUUUGGACGCCUUUAACUGGGGUUAUGAAACAGCAUCAGUGAUGAAUGCUAUUAUACCAUGGUUACAAGCGGACAGGAACAUUCCUCGACCACAUCUCUUGCAAAGUUCCAUUUUGAAAGGCCACUUCCAGCCAGAGAGCACAGUGAAGCAAGAUAUGCCAUACCAGAAAGGUUUGGCAGACAAGAAACCUUUCGAUAUCUACCAUGACUCUAAAGUUCAAGAAGUUGUGAGAGUGAAACCAGUUCUUGAGGAUUUCGCUGACCGUAUUCACGAGCUGUUGGCAGAAUGGCCUCGGCAUCCUGCUCUAAUGCAGCUUCUGGUUGUGAUACAAAGAAUUUUGUCUUUUCCUGUUACAAGUCCAGUAAUGAAGAUUCUUACCGGUCUUGAAGUUUUACUCAGGAAAGCUCAGGACUGGGAAUCAAAUGCAGCCAAACAUGUAAGCCUCAGAGACCAUUUGGAUAAUGUAACGCAACUCAUAAUUCAGUGGAGAAAAAUGGAGCUCAAGUGCUGGUCAACACUUCUAGAUGUAACCACCGUAAAUUCAGCAGCAAAAGCCAGUCAAUGGUGGUUUCACAUAUAUAGUUCUUUGGUACAGUCGAGGACGAUUGAAAAAGCUCAGGAACAUAGAGAGGGUUUUCCUGAUGGCAGUGAGAUAAUCGAACCUCUACAAAGAUUUAUCGAAAGCUCAACACUUGGAGAGUUUGCCUCCAGGUUACAAAUGUUGUUUGCAUUUUACAAGCAAAUGUGCUACGAAGAGACUAGCACUGGAGGAGUUAAAGUGUCAGAUGUGCUAUGGAACUUGUUCUCUUAUUACAAGCAGUUUUUUCCUUCUGUUGAGCAAUCUCUACUAGAAAUGAGGAAACCUAUUGAAAAAGAUCUGAAGGAUUUUGUAAAAAUUGCCAAGUGGAAUGACUCUAACUUCUGGGCAAUGAAACAAGCGGCUGACAAGUCUCAUCACGCAUUGCACAAAUUUGUGCGCAGAUACGAGGCUUCUCUUAAUGAGCCAGUCUCGAAGACCUUGAUAAAUGUGGAGAAAGCUCUUUCUCCUCCUGAAAAUAAAGGGAAUCGCAUAAAUGAAAGAAAAAUUGUAGAAGCAGACUGGUUCAUAUCAUCGGAAGCACUGAAGGCAUACUGUAACAGAAGCCUUCAAUUUAUAUCAACGCACGACAAAUGGGGAUUGUGUCUUCCAUCGAAUCAGAAUCGUCUGACAAAACUCUUUAAAAAAAUGAGACAGUUGUCACGCCAGAUAAUCAGUCGACAAGAGUUUGAGCCACUAGUGACGUCCCUGGAUGACUUUACAGGCGAAGUCAUAACCACUUCAAGAGAGCUGCAAGCUUUGGAUGUGUCCAGUCAGCCGAAAGAGAAACAAACAGAGAUGCGAAAACAUAUUCAGCAAAGGAAACGUAAAAGUUUGGCAGACCUGUUCAAGAUGUUAGCAUUACUUGGCGUGUCUUAUCGCAAGGGACUCAAUCUCGAGCGCCAGUCCACUGGAAAAGAGGCCAUGUUGGUUGCUGCAGUUGAAGAAGAGGCUGUAACAAGAUCGGUCGAGUUACUUUCCGACAGGUCACCCGACCAAACCGAGCUCAGUGUUGGUGACGUUGAUCGUUGUAAAGGAUGUAGUCACCAUCUGCUUCAUGUUUGUUAUGAACAAAGACAAGUCAUCUCACAGUUAUCAAGAAAGAUUAGACGCACAAGUGUUGGCUUGAGGCAGUUAAGAGAAUCUGUCACAUUAGCAAAUGAAGAUACCAGUAACAGAAUCUCAAGUCUUCCACCUCAGAAGGACCUUGAGGAGCACACAAUUCAAGUGAUGGAUCUUCUUACGAACACAGCCCAUGUUCUACAGCAAAUGACCAUACUGCUGAAAUGUUGUCCAAAUGAAACAACGCCAAUUGAGAAUUGGACCCCAUUGCCACAAGCAAUGCUUUCAUCUGUGGCAGUUUCGUCUGCAGAUAAUCCUGACAUUAAGGAGAUGAUUCAAACGUUGGAGAACACUGUGAAGAAAUUACAUCAAGUGGCUAAUGAAGUCCGACCCUAUGCUGCUGUAUCUGAUCACGUGUUGAACAAUACAAGCGGGAAUGACAGGACAGCAACUAUAGCAUCUUGGCUACAGAACAGAACAAUAACAGAUGCUUUCUUCAAGCUGAAAGGAACAGCAGAGUUGAUUGAUGAAAUGUUGCCAAAGUUUAAAUCAAAGUGUUGUUCAGUUAACAAAGGCCUUGGUGCCCCACUCGUCUGCCUGAAAGACAAGAUCUUAAAGAAAUUUAACGAUUUCCAUUCAUGGAGUACGGCAGUCUCUAGUCAGGGGGAGACUCAGACACCUUGGAAUGUUGAAAACAUUGAUGACCAAGGAAGGGCUACUCUGAAUGCAUUUGUCAGUGAUGUGGACGCCCUGAACACCUCCCUUCUUCUAGCAGUCCAACGUUUGGCUAAGAUAUCAGAAAGUAGUUCCAAAGAAGGGAACGAAGAAGCUGAAAAGAACAGAGCUGAUCAGGAUGGCAAUGAGAACUUUCAGCUUCAAGAUGGACACUUGGCAACUCGUUUACAUCAGAACUUACUCAACGAUAUCAGCAGCCUCAACUUAGACGACGUGACGAAGAGCAUUUCCUCGCUUCUGUCCCAGGUCAAAUACAUUGCUGAUUCUUCGUGGUCUUCUUCUAACAUGUCAGUUCAACUUCCACUCAGUGGCUUCUGUUCUCAUUUACUGGAAGGCUCCAUUCCUCUUCUCCAUCAAUAUCUGAACCUUUCACAGAACCUGCUCCUCAAUUUACUCGUAGCUCACCGCGCAACUAGCAAACUGUUGUCUGUAUUGCUGACUAUCUUUACUGAUCUCGGCACAAGAGGUUUUUGCGUCCCCCCGGAAAUAGAAGAGGAUGAAGGUAACGGGUCUACAGAGUUUGAAGAUAUUGAAGGGGGAGGCAUUGGCGAAGGAGAGGGAAUGAAAGAUGUCAGUGACCAGAUAGAGAAUGAGGAUCAGCUUGAAGAUGCCAAGCAAGAAGGACAAGACCAAGACAAGAAAGAAGACGACUCACAGCAACAAAUACCUGACGAAGAGAAUGGUAUUGAAAUGAGUGAGAACUUUGAGGGGGCUUUACAUGACGUGGAAGCUGAAGAGGAAGAGGACGAGGAGAACGAGGAGGAGAAUGGGAAUGAAGAUGACGUUGAUAAACAGAUGGGAGAGGUUGAUGGACAGGACACUGAAAAGCUGGAUGAGAAGAUGUGGGGAGACUCAGAUGACGAGGAGGAAAAAGAGGAGCAGGAGAUGAAAGAAGACAAGGGAACUGGGGCUGAGGCGGAACAGCAGUCACAACUGGUCGCUAAGGAAGACAACGAAGGUUCUGCAGAUGAAAGUAAAGAAAAAACAGAGGGACAACGGGAUGCGGAUGAAGAACUAAGUGAAGAAAACAUAAACGAAGCCAUGCAAGGUGACGAGGGAAACCUGAGUGACGAGGGGGAGGAUGAACAGGAAGGGACUGGGCAGCAAGGAAAAGAAGAAGAACCUGUUGAUGCAGAGGAAUCUACUAGCUUGGAUCUGCCUGAUGAUCUACAGCUUGAUGACGAAGGGAACGAAGGCACUGAAGAUCAACCAGAAGAAAUGGAAACUGAAGAAUUUGAAGGCGAUCAAAUUGACACCGAAGAAACUGGAGACGAAACAGCGGUACCGGAUGACGACCAAAUAGACAGCGGCAAAGAUGAACAGGAAGGGGAGGAUCUGGGUGAUGAGGAGAACAUGAAGCGAUCCGAGGGGGAUGAGAAACAAGAUGAAGGAGAGGAUCCCAAAGAUGAAGAUGCUGUUUAUGAGACUGACCAGGAAGACUGGAGGACAAAAACAGAUACUGAGCCUCAAGAAAAUGUGCAGGCUGUGGAGGAUUCUGGAGAAGGAGAUGGAAAUGGAGAACAAACUGAUGUUCUUGCUGGUCAAUCUGAAUCGGUAGAAGGUAAUGAAGAGCGAGGAGUGGGGCGAGCUGAGGCACUUGACGACGGACAUCCGGGACAGUCAAGCCAAAGAAGCGCUCAAGCCACAGCAGAUGCCAGACAACAGUCUCGGCAAAGAAAGCAGAUGAACCGCGCUAGGUCUGACCGGGCACUGGGCUCUAUGGAUGAAACAACACACAAAAGACUGAAGACUGUCGAUGAAACAGAGUUGGAGCCUGGGGCAGAGGCAAAUGAGACGAAAAGCCAAGAUCUGUUCCAACACAUGCGAAACGAUGAUCCAAGUUCACAUGACACACAGACUCUUGACAGUGCAACCGCUGAUCAAGCCGAAACGCAAGAUAAAGCAAACUUUCCUGAGAUGCACAGUGACUGUGAAGACGAAGACGAAGAAGCGGACUCAGAAACGGCAACGACUUUGCUCGACGAUAACGAGGAACUUCCUACACCAGAUAAGUCCCAGCUGUCACGACUUCCUCCACCAAUUAAACUCAAGAUGACAGUGGAGAAUAAAGAUGGAAACGAAGCGCGCGAUACUGAGGCUGGUGAGGAAAUCAUGGAAACCAAUGAUGAUAUGGGAAUGACAACUGAGCGUCUGCGCAGUACUUACCAUUCAUCCGACAUGGCACUGGCCUUUCAAAGACUGGAUAUAUCAUCACUGGAUCCUGAGAAGUUAAGAGCUGAUCUGGAAUAUCAGUUAGCAGAAUGGAGCAGCAUGAACCAGGGCACAGCUGAGCAGCAACAAUUGGCUCAAGAGGCCUGGCGCAAGUACGAUCUUCUCACGUCCACUCUCUCUCAGGAUCUUUGUGAACAGUUGAGACUGGUACUAGAACCGUCACUGGCCACCAAGCUCAAGGGAGAUUAUAGAUCAGGAAAACGUUUAAACAUGAGAAAGGUGAUCCCUUACAUUGCCAGUCAGUUCCGUAAGGACAAGAUCUGGCUGAGGAGGACUAAGCCGAGUAAAAGACAGUACCAGAUCAUGCUGGCUGUGGAUGACUCUUCCAGCAUGAAUGACAAUCACUCUAAACAGCUGGCGUUUGAGUCGUUGGCUGUUAUCAGCAAUGCUUUAACCAGACUUGAAGCUGGAGAUUUGGGCGUUUGUAGUUUUGGGGAAACUGUCCGCCUCUUACAUCCAUUCCACGAAGCGUUCACAGAUAACUCAGGAGCAAGAAUUCUACAGCAGUUCACGUUUGAUCAGAAGAAAACCAGGAUAGCUGAACUUUUAAAUACAUGCACAAGUUUGAUGGUAGCGUCAUAUUCACGGCUUCAAGUGUCUCCCCGGAUGAGAAGAGAAACUUCCCAGUUACUGCUUAUUGUGUCCGACGGUAGGGGAAUAUUUCUGGAGGGGAUGGAGACUGUACAUAAGGCCGUACGACUAGCAAGGGAGGCAAAUAUAUUCAUGGUAUUUGUAAUACUCGACAAUCCAGCUAACAAAGACUCCGUUCUUGACAUCAAAGUACCGAUUUUCCGUCCUGGAAAGCUACCAGAGAUCAAAUCGUACAUGGAACAGUUCCCUUUUCCAUUUUAUAUCAUUCUAAGGGACAUCAACGCAUUACCAGUGACCUUAAGUGACGCACUGAGGCAAUGGUUUGAACUUGUGUCCAGUUUAGAUUAACAGCAGGGUGCGCGAAGCAUUCUGCGAAAUAUGUACGGGUCCUUCGGUGUAGAAAAGAAGGCACUUUCAAAAGUCCACAGCCCAAGGGAAACAACAAUCGGAUCAGAGAGAGAAACAGAAGGAAUGAGUGACAAAUACGGAAGAAAGGGACUGAUCCUUGGUAAUGUUGCAUUUCUUAGAAACAUCUCCUCGACAGCAACCGCUGACAAGGUUUAGUACUUGAGAUGGUUAAUGACCAAUUAAGCAGAGCUUCUUAAACGAUGGAAAGUUUGUCAGGUUCUUAAGGACUGCAGCAAUGAAAAGUUGAAGCUGUCUUAACUCAAAUUCGAUUUAAAAUGUAAUUUGAGAACAUUUCGAGUAAAAUCAUUUUUUGCAGAUUAUAAAGCUGAUAAACUGUUAAGACCUAUGCAGUGGGGGUUAUUGAAAAUAUCUCUCGUUCAUCUCUUUGGAGAAAGAAACACACACUGCUCCCUUAGUUCUCUUUCUUUGAUUAGGGAAAUAUAGUACUUUUGUUGAGUACCUGCCCCCAACCCCCUUCCCAGAUUAAUUACGUACUUUCUUCGGUUCUAGACUUUUGUAUUAUGAGAUAAUCAACCACAGCCUACAACCAACAUUCCACUGUAACUUCUUUUUUUUACCACAGCGAUUGACAACCUAACUAUAGGACCUUCUCCUUGCAAAACUUAGGAUCUGAUAAUGUGUCGAUUUAUACUCUUAAUCUUUUAGUAUGAUGUGUGUCAAAAUUCAAGGUAAAACUGUAAAACUACGAAGAAACUUGAAUUUUUUAUUGAUCUUAAGGACAGAAGUUACUAACCAAAUGUGUCAUAAAGUUUCUGAAGAUUGCAUGAUUCCAAGCUUUAAAGAAGUUGUAAUGGUACGAACGUACAUGAUAAACUUUUCCUUAGAUUUCAGUACAAUUGAUCUUUGGAUUUAACAUCUAAACUGUCAAUUUAGAAUUUUUAAAUUAGUUUAUAGGUCAAUAAAUAAAUGUAUCUCGAAUUUUA